UGCGUGGUCUGGUGUACCUAAUCAAGUGGCCAGUGAAGAGGAUGAGGGAGGGCGUGUGAACAUGUGCUCCUGCAGCGUCCAAUGGCUGGGACUUGCAUCUUCUUCAUCAUCAUCAUCAUCAUCUCCCCCCCCCCCCCUGCGGUGAAGGAGAUUGGCUGGGAGUGUUGUGGUGUGGGACCAGGACGCGGCAGGCGGGAGGACACGCUGCGUGAUGCUGUCCAGGAUGUAGGAGGAGAGCGUCAUCUUCAAGGACACACGUGGAGGAAGAAGAAGAAGAAAAAGAAGGAUGUUGUCCACGGCUCAGCAGAUGCUGCAGGACAGUCGCUCCAAGAUGGAGAACAUCCGACUGCAGAUCAUCAAAGUGGCCCAGGCGGGGGGCGGCCAGGACCACGCCCACCGCGACCACGGUGGAGGGACGUCUCAGCCGGCUGUCAGCCCGGAAGACGCCCGCCUGGCCGAGCUGCAGUACUACAUGCAGAGAGAGCACGAGGCCUGGGAGCGGGCCAAGGACCUCCUCAGGCGGACCGAGGAGAUGUCCUCGCCUGACCGCGCAGAGGCGGAGACCCGAGAGCGCGAGUCUUCCCAGAAGUUGAGUUUGCUGCGCGUCGCCAUGGAGACGUGCCUGCACGACCGGAGGGUGGAGUCGGUCCACAAGCGCCCGGCGGCCAUCUUGUCCAGCAGACCGCCAUCAUUAACGGGGAAGCUGGAAGUCCGACUCCUCGGAUGUGAGGACCUCUUGUGUCCUCCGAUUCACCUGGACCGGGUCCCCGAGGAGUCCCCGGCUGCUGCCACACCUUCAGCCCAGACCAGCGCCGUGCUGAGGCUGGACGGCAGACCGGUGGACAGGACGCCAUGGACCAGUGCGGCCAAGCUGACCUGGGAUCAGACCUUCUGUCUCCGACUGGAGAGAUCCCGGGAGCUGGAGGUGGACGUCUUCUGGCGGGACGAGGAGACCAUGUGUGGUGUGGUCUUCCUGCGCCUGGAAGAGCUGCUGGACCACCAGACCUGGUCCUCGCAUGCGUGGCGUCUGGAACCACGAGGUCUCCUCCACGUCCAGUGUCGCCUGGUGGACGUGCUGGUAGAACAUCCGCCCAAACUCAGACGUCAGAGAUGCAUCUUCACCAAAGAGAGAGGUAAGAAGUUUGUGCGUGCGGCUCAGAUGAACAUGAACUUCACCACCUGGGGUCACCUGAUGAUGAACGUCCUCCCUCGCUACACCUCCUUCAGCACACUCAGCUCCACCCUCGCCGCUGCCAUCGCCGCCGAGCGCACGCCACCCAGUGAGAACAGAAGUCCUCCCUGCCAGGAGGAGGCGACACAGGGCGACCACCGGGCCUCAACCACAGUGUUGCUUCAAGGGCAGCUGUCGUCCUUCAGCAGGAGCGAAGACGACGAGUCUCCUGCCAAGAUGCGAGUGGAGGACCUGCGCUACGUGUCGGUGCUGGGCCGAGGCCACUUUGGGAAGGUAGCGGCCUCCCGUCUGUGGACGUGGUCUCAGCCCGCGGCGUCACCACGUCCUCUCUCGUCUUCUCCUGUCAGUCUCCCUUGGAAAUGUUGUGUCCAGGUGCUGCUGGCCGAGUCCCGCAGGACCGGCGGACUCUACGCCGUCAAGGCCCUGAAGAAGAGUGACGUCGUGACGCGGGACGAGGUGGACAGCCUGAUGAGCGAGAAGAGGAUCUUCCAGAUGAUCACCGCCUGCGACCAUCCCUUCCUGGUCCACCUCCACGCCUGCUUCCAGACCAGCGAGCACGUGUGCUUCGUCAUGGACUACCUCCCCGGGGGAGACCUCAUGAUCCACAUCCACAACCAGGCCUUCAGCCAGGAGCAGACCAGGUUCUACUCGGCCUGCGUGCUGCUGGCCUUGGACUUCCUGCACGGCAACAGGAUCAUCUACAGAGACCUGAAGCUGGACAACCUGCUGAUGGACGCCGACGGCUUCGUCAAAAUGACCGACUUUGGCCUUUGUAAAGAAGGGAUGUCUCACGGAGACCGGACGUCCACCUUCUGCGGGACGCCGGAGUUCCUGGCGCCGGAGGUUCUGACGGACGACGACUACACGCGGGCCGUGGACUGGUGGGGGAUGGGCGUGCUGAUCUACGAGAUGCUGGUGGGCGAGUCUCCCUUCCUGGGCGAGGACGAGGAGGAGGUGUUCGACAGCAUCGUCAACGACGACGUCCACUAUCCCGCCUCGCUUCCUCCGGACGCCGUGGCCAUCAUGCAGAAGGUGGACGCCAUCACGCCGCCUCAGGCCGAGGACGCACUCGCCAAAACUGUCUUUGUUUCCUCGCAGCUGCUGAAGAAGAACCCGCUGAAGAGGCUCGGUGCUGGAGAGAGAGACGCCAACGAGCUGAAGGGAGAGACUUUCUUUCAGGAAGUGGAGUGGGAGGCGCUGCUGGCCAAGAAGGUGAAGCCUCCUUUCCUGCCGUCCAUCAAAGAGUCGGCCGACGUCAGCAACUUCGACAGCGACUUCACCAGCUUGCAGCCCGUCUUGUCGCCGCCCUCCCGACCAGGCAGCCUGUCAGACGAGCAGCAAGGAGCCUUCGCCGACUUUGACUUCUGCGCUCUGCACGGCUGACCUGGGAUGGAUCCUCCCGCGUGCUUUGUGCUCACCUAAUCAAGGAAGUGCUUCCUGCUUCGACAAGCUCCGCCCACGACUCCUGCAUGGCGCCUGAUGUAGCAGCGCAAACAAAAUAAAGAAGAAGCCAUCCAGCUAGAGUACAUGUAGUGCGGGGGUGUACUAACUUUACCCCCUGGGGGCCAUUUUAAUUAUUUGUCAUUUUCUAAACCCACACUAUAUUUACAUUUUUUUAACAUUUCCAGGACCCGGAAGGGUCUCAGUCAUAAGAAAUGCUACAAAUAAGUCAUAUAUUGUUUAUUUUUUGCAACUUUUAAAUCUAUAGAUCAACAUCAGAUCUAUCUAUAUCAAAAUACUUUUUUUUUCUUUUCUCGGCUCUUUUGUUAAAGAAAACUAUUUGUUUUAUAGCAAAAACACAAAAUACACAACAAGUUUAUAAAUGAUAAAUGUUUUCCCAAAAAAUAUUUUCAAAGUAAUAUUUUAUGUGC